UUUUUUUCUUUUUCUGUAUUUCACUUCCUCUUAAAGCAAGAUGGCAAGACCUAAAAAGACCACUGUGGAAGCGUCUUCACAAAGAUCUCUUCGUGUCAGAACAGUUCCUGAUAUGUUUAUAAAGCAAAAGACUGUUGCUAAUAGAAGACGAAUUAUUCAGAACGACGAUUCGAGUGAAGAAGAAGCUGAAGAGGACGAACUCAACUCAUCUGAAGGCGAAUCUGACAGUGAGAAUGAGAUGCAAACCAAAAAAAGAAAGCCCACCAGAAGAGCCAAAGGAAAAAACGUUGCUUCUAAUGUUGUUGUUAGUUCCAGCAGUCGAUUAUUGGAACAAGUCAAUGACUCUUCUCCUAACACCCAGAAUAGUUUGUAUGAAAUGGCCUUAUCGCCUGAAAGCAGUAUGGAUGAUAUUGUAACUGAAUGGACAAAGAAAUACGAAUCAAAUCAGCGCAAUGCUCUUAAGGACUUGAUCAAUUUUGUUAUUCGUAGUUCUGGUUGUUCAAUGGCAAUUACUGAUGAAGCAUUAAUGCAAGAAGAUGGCUCGCUCAAUACACUUCAAGAAUUACAACAAGAACUGGGCAAACUUCCUCACACUGAAUACCCUAUUGUUUCUAGAACAAAAGAACAUAGAACUCUGAGACGUAACUUGUUAAUCUUUUUCCAAGAACUUAUUGAUCAAUGUCAACAUGGUGCUAUUUAUGACGGUGUCUUGAUUGAAACCCUUCAAAACUGGCUAACUACAAUGUCUAGCUCUGUCUACCGUCCUUUUCGCCACACUGCCACACUUGUUGGUCUCAAGACGAUCAAUCAGCUCUGUGUAGUGGGUGAAAAAGAAAGAAAUGAACUGUCGAUUGUAAGCCGACAAAUGUCUGCUGAAAAGAAAAAGAAGAGUCAAAGCAAAGACAAAGUGACUCUGUUACACCAAAAAUACACUGCUAUCCAGGGCAGAUGCAAAGACUUGGAAGAAUAUCUUGCUGAAUUCUUUGAAGGCAUUUUUGUCCAUCGUUCCCGUGAUGUUGAAUCCAUUAUUCGUAGUGAAUGUCUUAAAGAACUCUGCAGUUGGAUGCAAAACUUUCAGGGUUUCUUUGUUGAUAAUACAUACCUUCGCCACUUUGGUUGGUCCUUCAAUGAUCCUAAUGCAAGUGUUCGUUCUGAAGCACUCAAGUCUAUUAUUAAGCUCUAUAAGAUCGAAAGUAUUGCUGCUAAACUCUCUGUGUUUACCAACCGCUUCAAGGCUCGCAUUGAAGAAAUGGCAUUGUAUGAUGUUGAUGUCUCUGUUCGCGUACAUGCUAUCCAGUUGUGUAGUGAACUCUUCAAGCUAAAGAUUGAAGUGUUAAGUGAGAAUGGUCGGAGCCAUUUGUCUGACAUGAUUGCUUCAGACUCGGCUCGUAUUCGUAAAUCUGCUGCUCCUUUUGUAAAGGCCUUGAUCGAAACCAAUUCUAUUUCUCCUCUCUUACAGACUAUCACUCGCUCUUUGACUGGAGGUCGUCGCAAUACCAACAAUGUCCCUGUUAACAAGGUCUGGGUUACUUUUAAGGCUUUUGCUUCUUUCCUUGUUGAACAGACUGCCAAUUUGAUAGAAAAAGAAGAGGGCUCAGAUAAAAUGCAAGUUGAUUUGGAAGCAUUGUCUAGUGCUCUUAUUGAAAAGCGUACAACUAUCAUUUCAAACAUUGUUGAAGCUCUUUGGGAACAAUUGCCUGAAUUGCAAGAUUACCAAGCUUUGUCUGACUAUCUCUGCAGAGAUCAUUCUAAAUCUCAACAAGACGAUCAUAUGGAUACUACUAGCAGCAGUAGUAUUGAAGACUGCUAUCGAUUGAACGAAGAAGAAGAGACAGUUUUGAUUCAUGUGUUUGUUGCUUCUCUUCAUACAGCGCUAUCCAAGGGACUCGAUAAAAACUUGCCUGAAGGAACCAAGGAUAGACGCAAGUUGGAUGCUGCCUUUUUUGAAGAAACCAAAAACGAACUCUCUCGUUAUUUAGUUCAAGUCUUGCCUCGCUUGUUGACAAAGUAUUUUGAUGAUGCUAACCGUAUGCAACAACUGGUUACUAUUCCCACCUUGAUGAAUUUGCAAGUCUAUGUUGAAUUGCGUGCAAACAAGGAAUACGAUGAAUUGAUCGAAAUAUUGAACCGUGUCUACCUCAGUGCUAUCUUGACAGAUCUCUUAAAGAACUGUGCUGUUGCUCUUGGUCAUAUCAUGAACAAUACCAGUCUUAUGGAAGUCAACAAUAGCUUUAUGGAGGAUCUUAAGCUUGCAGUUGUUCAACAAGUCAGAGAAGUCUGCAGUGGUAAAGAUAUGGUUACUGCCAACUAUACAGCUGCCUUGAUUCACUCUAUCUCUGUCAGCAUGCUUCGUCUUGAAUACCUGAUCAACUUUACUGAUUCUACUGUUGCCAUGGACGACUCUCAGGGCAUGAGUACAAGUGUGAUUGAAUAUACCGGUGCUCUUGUUGAUCGUGCUGCUUUUGGCUAUGAGAAAGAAAAAAACAUCAGCUUAUCAGCUAUGGCUGUUCUUGCUCGCUACAUGAUGUGGAAAUGCCAUGCUCUCUCUAUUGCUUCGAAUGCUGCUGAAGUGGCCCCUGUGAUUGAGCGUCGUCGUGAUUGGGCUUUUGACAAGUUCAUUGAACUUAUCAAGGGCGUAGAUGUCAGUCCUUUAGCUGAAGUACGCUCAGCUGCCUUGGGUUAUUUAGUUGAUGUUUACUGGUUAUUCACAAGCGAUCUAUUUGAAUCGUUCGGAUUGACUCGUUUAAAGACGCGUUGUCCUAGCGAUCUUCAAAAAUCAUGCGCUGACUACAUCACUGAACAAAUCAAGAUUUACAAGCAAUUAGUUGAUGAUUUUGAUAUUGACGAUGAACCUUCUAAACAAGCACUUUCAGCUCACAAAGAACUACUCGGCUCAUCACUUUCUAGUUUUUCUCGUGGUAUAUUGGUGGGUGUAUUUGAUAUCAAUUAUGCUGUCUUGUUAUUGAGUGAAUAUGGUAACAACGAACCUGUGCUGGAUGAUGCUGUGAAGGCUUUGGUUACUAAAUUCCAGAUGGAUUUGAUUUCUGGUGAAGUUGCUGCUGAUGGCAUCUGUCGAGCUUAUUUAGAAGCACUCAAGAAGUCAUUCAAUACACAUAUUGCUGAAUCGAGUCGUUCUUUUGAAAAGACAGUCAAAUUAGCUAAGCUAGAAGCCACUUCUUUAAGAGAAGCUGAUAAAGAAGAUGUUGCUAGAAAGGUGCCUCCUCAAAUUGUCUGUGAACGUAUUCAUUUGGAUGGUAUUACCUUUGCUAUCUCUAAGGCUACUGAAGCAUACAACAAGAACAAAGAUGAAGACAGAGAUAAUGCUCUCAAAUUCUUCAAGGUACUUAAUGCAUUUGCUAAAGAUCUCUCUCGUGCGCGUGAUAUUGCCAAGAUCCAUUAUCAUCUAGAGGAUACCUUAAGAACAAGCGGUUUGUUUGUAGAAGAAGGUAAAAAGGAAUGGGAGCAUUAUGCUGCUUACGUUCAGUCUAUUGAUCAAGUAUUGAAGAAGAAGGGUCUUAAAUAUGAUGCUACUAAGCGAACAACCAAUGCAGAGACACCAGUGGCCCAUGUCUUUGAUGAUAUUGAACUUGGCGAUGCCACUGUCCAAAGCACGAAUAAGCGUACAUUGACUGAUGUUGAUAUGGAUGUUGACGAUGAAUCUGUUGCCAAGAAACGACGCGAAUAAUGUAAAUAUCAUCAUCUUUUUUUUCCCCCUCUCUCUAUCUUUCUCUUUGUCGUAUAAAAUAAACAACUUUCACCCUGUG